UACAUCAUCAUCGGCGACACAGGUUGCUCAAUCCAUCAUCUGCUUCCGUCUUUCCCCAAUUUCAUUAAACCCUAGCUCAAUUUGGAAUUUCAUCUUCGCGCUUCGCAUCUGUAGUUGUGGGGAAAUCGUGUUUGCUUCUGCAGUUCACGGAUAAGAGGUUCCAGCCGGUGCAUGAUCUCGCAAUCGGAGUUGAAUUCGGUGCUCGGAUGGUUACUAUCGACGGCCGCCCGAUUAAGCUUCAGAUUUGGGAUACUGUAUGCUGGUCAAGAGUCAUUCAGAUCGAUCACUAGAUCAUAUUACAGAGGGGCAGCUGGUGCACUUUUGGUUUACGACAUCACCAGAUAAAUUUUCAGAUAUUGAACAACGGUUUAGUAGCUGAAAAACAUCAAUUAGUUGUUUGAUGCGCGCCAGGUGUUCGAUACAAGUUCUAAUUGCAAUCAUCUGAAGCUACUAUGGAGACACAUGGGAGUAUUGCUAAUGAUCUCUAUUCAAAUAUCUUGGAAUCAUCAAGUGUUGAUUUAGAUAGAAGAUCGACUACAAUCCAAGUGAAUGACAAUUUCCAUGAAAGUGAUCCAGCUGACUUGUGGUAUGAUGACGACUCUUGUGAAGAUUAUGUUGAAAAAUCGAGUAAAGCACCUGAUAUGGACAGGGAGUGGCGUAGGAGGCGUGUCCAAUUCCACACGUUAGGCUACCGUGAUGGUGUCAUCGCUGGCAAGGAAGCCGCCUUACAAGAGGGGUUCAAUAUUGGGUUCAAGGAUUCUGUGCUUACUGGAUACAAUUGGGGUCUUGUGAGAGGGAUUAGCAGUGCUAUGGCCUCCUUGCCCGGUACCUUGAAGGAAAAGUUGGUUGAAACAGAGGAAACACUAAACAAAUUCCAACAGUUGCACGAGUCUGUGCAGUGUAUCUCAUCGACAGAAUCUUUAAAGCUGUUCUAUGAAGACCAGAAAAAGAAAUCACUGAAGCAGGAAACAGCUGAACCCAGUUCCACUGAGACCAAUCAAAGCUCGGAUGCAGGUGCUCUUGAGAAUUACCACGUACUGCUUCAGUCGAUUCUCCAUGAAUCUCCUCUGGUUGAAGGGCAUUUGAAAACAAUGCUUUAAUUUUGCUUCUAUAGUAAGCAGUGUUGUAAAAGGCGUCGGUGAGGCGCGGCUCGGCCUGAGGCGUGGACGAAGCGCCCCAAGGCUUAAGCCUUACAUGCAUAAAUUGAGGCUUAAGCCUUUUGAUUGUGAGGCGCAUGCCCAGGGCGCGCCUUAACCCUCGACUGGUGAAAGGCGCGCCUCUGUAUCUUUGGCCAAAUUAAGUUUGUUUUGGGCUUUUUUA